ACAGUCCGUCAAUCCGCAGAAGGUCCCAGUUUAAGUUUCCGUGCCUAAUAACCCACGGCCUGGUCGACAAAGCCGUGCCACUCGCCCCGACAGCCCAUUACGUCACGGAGCAAUGCAACGCCGGCGCCGAUACCCUCUCAACCCGAUCGUAGACUGAACAAUGAGCGCCGCCAACGAGAGAUCAAUGUGGUUCGCGAUCCUCAUCAGCGCCGCGUGGGCCUCGCUCGCGGCGGCCCUGCUUGUUGCGGUCAAAAGAGCGGUGCGCAACUUUGCAAGCUCAAGAGCGCCCCCCUACAACCAAGACGGCAAGCUGCCAAGGUCUCUGAAAGACUCCGACGCAAGAGAGAGCCAGCAGGAGUCAGCUGAUGGCAACGCUGCCGCCCGCUCGAGAGGACUCAGCACGAAAGCCAGAUGGUUAUGGGGCAUCAACAUCGUCUUGUGGUACACCCUAUUCUUCGGUAGAGACCUGGUCGAACACGCCGGCUACAGCUGCAAUGGCGGAUCCUCCGCUGAUGCAGGAUCUCGCUGUGAACAAGAUGUCCAGGCUACAUGCACAGGGUUCGCUGUGGCGUUCGUGGCGGCAACCGUCGGCAUCGACUCCGGCGCGACCAUCCUGCGCACCUUGCUCGACGUUAUGACGGAGUCUGCUCCAAGGGUUGCGCGAUGAUUUGUUUCAAUCUGGUGCGACAUUUAGGACACGCAACGAACACCGAAGCUGCGCGGCAAGUUUGGAGCGGCUUACGACGACAGGCGCCAGGCAUGCCCGGGCACCUACUGCAGCAUCUCUAAAGGCACGACAGGACACGGCUGAGGGUGUUCGAU